AUGCAAAACUUAUAUUUUAUAGGUACGAAAGCCAUCGACAUGAUCCAGAUAUGCUCAUUUCUGCUGCUUUGGUUAAUGCUGCAACUUUCUAAUGGUAACGUAUAUACCAAAAUUUAAUGGACCUGUCCCUAAUGAACAAAAUUUUGAUCUAGACAAAAAUUUCAUUACGGCUUGAAGGAGCAUCACAAAUGAAAUUAGUAAUAUUCCGACGUUUCGUUGCGAAAUGUUGUAAAAUGCAGAUAAUAUAGCCAUGCGAAGUUUUCCGUUUUUCAGUCAUUUUGUAUUACGCACGGGAAAUUGAUACCUUUUUUCAGAAAGCAUCAAUUCCCAGUGCUUAAUACAAAAUGAGUGAAAAACGGCAACUAUAUGCAAGGCUAUAUUAUCCACAUUUUACAAUAUUUUGCAACGAAACUUUGGAAUAUUACUAAUUUUGUGAUGCUCUUUCAAGCUGUGAUGAAAUUUUUGUUUAGGCUUGUUAAGAUCAAAAUUUUGGAAAAGUGGUAACCAUUUCCUGUUUGUAAUCUAAAACGACUGAAAAUUACAAAUUUCGCAAGGCUAUAUUAUCCGCAUUUUACAACAUUUCGCAACGAAACUUUGGAAUAUUACUAAUUUUGCGAUGCUCUUUCAUGCUAUGAUGGACUGAAUUUUGUCUAGACUUGUUGAGAUCAAAAUUUUGGUUAAUUGGGGAAUGGUCCAUUCAACACCCAAAUAAUUUUGAAACACGUUGUUUUCUGCCCGAAAUACCAACUAUGAACUAUUAGAGAAAACGUCUUAGCUGAGAGACGGAAUCUUCUGUAAUUCUUUUAUUUUCCUCACAGGAUACAAGUAUGAUAUCACGACGUUCACAGGAGACAAAUUCGGUGCAGGCACGGACUCGAAUGUUUUUGUGAUCUUAUUUGGCGAUAAUGGCAACUCUGGAAAGAAAAUUUUGGAACAUAAAGGGGCAAAUGAUUUUGAAAGAGGGCAGUAAGUAUUUGUAAUAUUUAACUCCGGUUGAAGAUGUAACUACCUUUUGACCCCUAAUUUUUAACUCGUCACUUUUUGCCCCCCAUACAUCUAUGAAAGCACGUGCUUCGUUUGUUUCCAGGAAAGAUGUUUUUGCUGUCCAUUCCGCCGAUCUGGGACGAUUAAAUAAAAUUGUGGUUGGUCAUGACAAUACUUGGCUUGGAGCUGGCUGGUUUCUUGAUAAGGUAGAGGAUUUAUUUCUGUUCUCUUUACAAAUUGAAAUAUAUUUUUGGUAAAUUACAGGGUAAAAUAACCAGCAAUAUUACGUUAGCCCCAAAUGGAGUUAUUUUUGUAGGGUAAACAGAAAAAUCUUACUCUUUACCACGCUUGCCUUUCAAGCUGAAAUACUUUAAGAUAAUUGAGGACCAGAGGAGAAAGAGCUACCUUUAUAUUGACAUUAGUGAAUGGUUAGACUUUAUCGGAUAAGGACGUUCAAUCGUAGGUACCUCAGACCCCGUCUCAAUCGGGAAAUAGAGACCUUACGAUUUUAGGACGGCAACGCGACGACAACGGCUACCAAUACAAUGGAUCAUUGAAAAUAAUUGAGUAAUUGUAAAUAUAUGAAUAAUUUAGACAUUGUGCUCGCUCUGUUUACAACGCUAAAUCACAGAUUUUCACGUCUUGAUACAACGGCUGCAUUCCAAGCCACAACAACUGCAACUUCAAACUGGGUUUAGCAGAACUCUUCCCAACCAUAAAACGGCCAUGUCUUCAACUUCUAAAACUGUAUUAAAUUCACACCAUUGAUAAUAUACGACGAACUAUCUUUACUACCAUUUAUUUGAAGGAGUUUGUUUUGGCCGUCGCCGUCUCGUUGCCGUCCUAAAAUCGUAAGGUCUCUAAUAGGCUGUUGGGAAAUCUGCUAACCAAUGAGGGAGAAACAAAGAUUCGUGCAUGGUUUCUCGUCAUAUCAAACUCAGUCACGAAAGGUUUUAAAACAUCUUAACGUACACUUACUUGUAUAGAAGAAAAAGGAAAAGAACUCGUUUUGAUUAUAAAAAACCAUCCUUCGUCUUCGUUGAUAACACAAACCUCGGGCUUGAUGAUUCUUCAACUCAUAUCCAACCCUAUUCAAUAAUUGUUAAAUAUUUCAUUCCCACAGAUUACUGUAAAGACAGAAGAAGCGGUGACGUAUGAGUUCCCAUGCUACCGCUGGCUGGCUAGUAACGAAGGCGACGGGAAACUUCAACGAGAUCUGAUACCAUCAUUGACUUUCUCGGACAACGAAACUGACUCAGGUGAGAGCAAAUCAACUUCGAAGCUAAAACAAGAUUUUCAUAAUGCUCGGUGAUGGUGUAGAUAUAGCGACGUUUUUGAAAAUACAUUUUGACAGCGUCGUGAGUGACGUCACAACACGUAUUUGUCGAUUUCCGCCAUUUUUGAUGGCAUAUUAAAAAUAGUUAACUGAAAGCAAGCAUUGCAUCAAAGUAAGACUGUGAUACUGACUGUCGCUUUUCUUUGAGAACUUUGAAGAGUUAUAACCAGUGGCCUAGCGAGCUCCACCAUUCAAUUCCGCUAUGCAAAUAUUGCCAUGUUUCAAUAAACUAUUAACACAAUCGAUUUCUAAAGAAAUGAAUAAAGAUAAUGAGUUGAGAUUUGCAUAGCGGGACCAAAUCGUCGGACGUGGUACGCCAUUCGUUAUAAUGAUCCACAGCUGUGUCAGUUGAAUAAAAGACUUUUGCCCACCAAAAUGGUGGUUUAUUUUUUAUUAUACGCCAUACUCAAAGACGUGAAUAAUCUGGUUUUAUGUCAAUCUUCAGAUCAAUGUCAGGGUGCUCUAGGGAUAUCAGAUGGUAGCAUCAAGAAUAGCCAGUUGUUCGCGUCGUCCUCAGCAGAUGAAACUCAGCAGCCGUUUCAUGCGAGAAUAAACAAAACCAUCAAAGGAUCGAAGGGAGGCUGGUGCUCCGCAUUCCCAGACAAUACAGAGUUCAUUGAAGUUGAUUUGUUGAAGCCAUUUCUUAUCUCAGGUAUGUAUGUACAUGUCAGGGGCGGAUCUACUGUGGGGGGGGGGGGGCAGGGGGUACAGACCCUACCUAAUGGUGUCUAGCACCCUCCUAGAGAAGUCCAGCAACUGCUUUUCGAAUAGCGAUUAGCGGAACUUCUACUGUUAGCGCGUGUCGAUUUUUUGAAAUGAUUUAAUUGAUUUGUGAGCUCACGAGAAAAUACUCAGAAUGCUUUAGUUAAGUAUGUAAAAAGGUUGUUAUAAAGCGAUAUUUUCAAAUAUACUGUACUUUAACAAGUAAAUUUUCUGUACUGUGCUACAGCCACUGUCCAGUCACGCAUACGUGAUAAAAAGCCGAUAUAAACUUUAUCCCGAAAUAUAAUGUAAAGCCAUGGAUUGUAAAAUAACUGGAUAGGAAACUUCCUGACGUCACAGUCUAAACCCAGUUGCAAUCUGUGACGUCACGCGUAUUGCCAAAGUUCUCAGCAUUUUUGUUGUUUCGCUAUACCUAAGCCACAACAAAGUAUUCAAGGCAAAUGUUUUUCGUCUUUGUUUUGUAUUUUUUUACAUUUGUAGCUACGAAAUUCGCGUCGCCAAUUGUUACGAAAUUUGCGAUGCAUUUUUCACUGUUUAGUGCUUGAAUGACCGGGAGUACUUAGAGAUUUCAUCGUAGAAUGGCCUAGUUAUAUUUAUUUGCUCUUUGACUAAAAUGUUUAGCUGUAUUAUUGCUAAACAUGCCGUUUUUGAGAAUUUGGUUUGCAACUAGGUUUCAACGCCAUCAUCCCAUUGAAAACAUUAGGUCAUGUCAGCUAGUUUCCUAUCCAUGUAUUUUAUUAUCCAUGGUAAAACGUAACAGAAUGGCGAACAUGCAGAUUCGGCAGACUAAAAUUUAUUUCACCUGCCAAAAAAUUUUAGACUGGCAGGCCAUAUUUUUUCUCUACUUUGAGCCCUGCACGGGUAGUUAGGCUGUAAGCUCUAUGUCAUAUUUUUAUUCUUUCUUUACAGGCGUGGCUACACAGGGGGCAUCAUUACUUGAUAACUGGGUAACACAGUACAUAUUGCAAUUCAGUAACAACAAUACCAAAUGGGAACCUUAUAAAGUGAAUGGGACGAUUAAGGUAAGCUACAAGAACCUUCAAGUAUAUUAUUCAAUCAAGUGCAAAAAAAUCUUGAUAUUUCCCCAUGACCUAUACAUGCCUGUAUAAUCUAAAAUACGUUUGAAUUUGAAUUUAAUAAUUUACCAUUUUACCUUUUACAAACAUAUAUCUUAUAUACACUAGAUAGUGCAUUUAAUUAUUCUGCAAUUCAAAAAUUGAAGCCGUGAUUGCAGUCUCAGGAUAUUCUUAAACAGGGAACUUAAACAUUAAGUUAACUCUAUUCCAAAUACGUUUUUAAACUAUUCAAAUGAUGAAAGUUAUUGUUGUUUUUUAAGCGUUUAUUAGCGAGUGGGAACGACCAACAUGGCCGCCAUCUAUUCAAAUGGGGGUAACCGCUGGAAUAUUUUUGGCUUCAAUUUUACUAAAAGAGAUGCGCUAUCUAGUGUAUAUAAGAUAUCUGUGACAAAUACACACAAAUAAAUGAAUAAUAGAAUUACAUAUGGCGAGGGAAUCAAAAAGAAACCUAAAACCAAAUGAAAUCAUGGAUUUCCUCUAAGCAAUGAAUUACACAGAAAGUUAUAUAAAUAAGCAAAAGCAACAUGGCAACACUAAACAUUAAACAUAAUGCAAUAGUUAGCGUAUUCGACGUAUGGAUAAUAUUGAUGAUUACAAUUCAGGCAAAUAAACUUUUAAGUCUAAUAGUAAAAGAUUGAAAAGAAACAUAAUUAACAAUUUCAUCCCCAAUAAGCCCACGGCAAUAAGCUCUUUGUAGCUGGUCUGAAAACACUUCGCGAUUCACUCGUGAAUGUUUUUCCAAAUUGCACUGGAAACGUACUAAGCAAAAUGAAUAAAGUUUUAACUUUUGACAGUUGAAGUCUUGUAUUAAGUUGUUGUAUCAUUCAAAUGAGUGAAUAAAUUGUUUAUUAAUUGAUUAUAUAUUCUCAGUAAGUAAUAAUGUGGUUUCUCGUACAAUUUCGAAAAACAUUGCUUCUUCGAAAAUUCCUUUGUUUGUGUUGCUAAUCGACCUAUUCCCUAAAUGAACAAAAUUUUAUCACAGCUUGAAAGAGCAUCACAAAAUUAGUAAUAUUCCGUAGUUUUGUUGCGAAAUGUUGUAAAAUGCGGAUAAUAUAGCCUUGCGAAGUUUGCCGUUUUUCAGUCAUUUUGUAUUACGCAUUGUAAAUUGAUACCUUUUUUCAGAAAGCGGUAUCAAUUUCCCGCGCGUAAUACAAAAUGACUGACAAACGGCAAACUUCGCAGGGCUAUAUUAUCCACAUUUUACAACAUUUCGCAACGAAACUUCGGAAUAUUACUAAUUUUGUGAUGCUCUUUCAAGCUGUGGUGAAAUUUUUGUCUAGACUUGUCUAGACCAAAAUUUUGUUCAUUAGGGAAUAGGUCCAUUAGAAAGAAAGACGAAAGACUUUGCGAAAGUGUGCAAUUUGUACUGUGCUUAGCUAUAGUCAGCAUGUAGUAAUUCUUUCAUGUAUAUUAUUGAUCUAUAAACAAAAUUUGCUUCCCAUAUUUCUCUUCAGACAUUCAGUGGUAACAUCGACCGUACUGGUAUAAUUACCCAUUGGUUAGAUACACCUGUGACGUCACGUUAUGUCCGCAUUGUGCCCCAAGCAUGGCAUGGCUCGACCAAUUGCCUGAGACUGGAGUUAUACGGCUGUAAAACAGGUAUCGAGAAGUUCUAUACUUCUUGGGGACUUGUAAUGAAAAUAAUCUUAAUGUAAAAAUGCACAAGUUGUAACAAAACUGCAACAGACUUGUAGCAAUCUGUUCCAACAACUUGUCAACAGGAUGCGUUUGUACUGCUUGUUCCCAGCUUGUUGACAAGUUUAUAACUUGCUACAAGGUUGUUGAGCUCAACAGACUCAUUGUUCUCAUCCUGCAAUUCAACAAUUUGUCAACAAGUUGUAAGUGACAAUCUUGUAGCAACUUGAUGAAAUAACAGCAUUGUUACAACUUGUUGAUAAGCUUGCUACAAGCCUGUUGCGAACGCAUCUUGUUGACAAGUUAUGAGAUUUUUACAUCUGUAGUUCUAGACCACUACCACCCGAGCGAAUUUUAACUUUUCUUAUGAAUUAUCAAUUUUUAUGCCAAACCUAAAAUCUAUUUUGUAAGUUUCAUUUGAUGAGGGAUUUUUGUCUUUUUUCUUUCACUUUCCAGAUAAAACUGGCAGCAGAAAUAUGUUAGGUUUGUAUGCCAUACAUUUGCUGUCAACUGUGCUCUACCAAUGGAUGAUAACGCUGGAUAGGAAACUCGUAGUCACGCAUGAUGUAUGCAUGAACGCCAUAUAGACAUGAAUGUAGACCAGGGCUUGAAUUGUAUCGCGGCAAUUGUCGUAGAGGGAUAACAAAAUGCCGUGGAUUAUUGCGGCAACGACGGCAAUUGUUUGCCGUAUGUAUAGUGUAAUUUUUAUACUAUUCACUGUGCAUUACUACUUUGACACUUGAAUUCAGAUGUUGAUCAAAUCAUGCGUAAAUUACUAUUUUAGUCUCAGUUUUCUUCGAAAAAAAAACACUAAAGAAAUACGUAAACAUAUUUCUAGUCAACAAUCCAAAGUAACAAUAAACUUAAAUUUUUAUUAAUUUGAAAAAAUGUCGUGGAAACUGCCAAAAUUGCCGUAGACAGCUGUUACGUUCUACGGCAAUUUUUAAUGCCAUUGCCGUCAAUUGAUUUCAGGGAAAUUCGAGGCCUGAUGUAGACAGUUAAAAUAUACAUAUUACCGUUUCGUCUUCAUCGUAAAAAAUCUAGUGUGAUAAUUACAAAGUUCGUGAAUAAAUUCAUGUCCAUAUGGCGUUUAUGCAGACGUUAUGCUUGGCCAUUCAUUUUUAGUAAGUCACGAUUCCAGCCCUGUUCGUCAUUUGCAAGUACUACACAGUAACAAUACUCUCUUUCUAUCUAGGAUCAGGCGAUCCCGACGCUUUACUUCAACAGGGUAAGCGAAGAAGCGACAUAGAAAUAACGGUUUUUGCAAGGUUGUUCCAACAAGUCCGAUACAGUCAUGAUAUACAGUAACAAUAUUGUUACAACCUUGUGUCGUCAACCUUGUAACAUUCUUGUUAUAUCAUGACUGUAUUACAUUUGUUAGAACAACCUUGUAACAUUUUUGUUAUAUCGUGACUGUAUCAGACUUGUUAGAACAACCUUGUAACAUUCUUGUUAUAUCAUGACUGUAUCAGACUUGUUAGAACAACCUUGUAACAUUCUUAUUAUAUCAUGACUGUAUCAGACUUGUUGGAACAACCUUGUGAUAUUCUUGUUAUAUCAGGACUGUAUCAAACUUGUUAGAACAACCUUGUAACAUUCUUGUUAUAUCAUGACUGUAUCAGACUUGUUAGAACAACCUUGUAACAUUCUUAUUAUAUCAUGACUGUAUCAGACUUAAGUUCUUUGAAUGUUUGCAUGGCGAUAAAAUAUAAUUGUUUUUGUUUGUGGAAACAUCACGUAAAUUUAUUACUGCAAAGCUUUCGAUCCGUAAGCCCGGAUAUAUAUAAGCCCAUGCAUAUUAUUAGCACUGAUGAAGAUCCGGGCUUACGGAUCGAAAGCUUUGCAGUAAUAAAUUUACGUGGUGUUUCCACAAACAAAAACAAUUGUAUCAGACUUGUUGGAACAACCUUGUAACAAUUCUGAUAAUGCCAUCAAGCUUGUUACAAGUUGUGAACAGCUCGUCGACAGCUUGUAAACAGAUUUGUAACAACUUGUGCGUUUCCACGUGUAUACUGUAGCUAAAAUAGUAACACUAUUUCUCCAUUAUCUAGUGCUGUCCCAUGCUGUCGUUUAUUUCCGGUUUGAGGACGAUCGAAAUGACGUCAUCCAUGACGAUUCAAGCAAUACAAAUGUAGGCAAGCUGAUAGCCCCGGCAUCGACCCCGAGUUUUAGCGAAACCUGUGGCAAAGGUUUAGAAUUGAACGGUGGGGCUUUGCUCAUUUCUGGCGAUACUUUCAAAGAGAAACCAAACAUUGCAAUAACAAUAUCGAGUUGGAUCAACAUUGCACAUGAAUAUGGGAAUACGUCGUUGUUUAACACCGUCGGCGGAGCGAGUUCAAAAUACAAAUCUGAACAGUACGAUGUCACAAUUGAAAAUGGGAAAUUCUUGUGUUUGCAUCGGAACGAGGCUGGGAGGUUGGUGUUUCGCUUAGCUAGUCACCAGUCGUUAAAACCACGCGUGUGGAAUCACGUGGCUUGUACGUACGACUCGCAGUUAAAACGCAGUGCUGUGUUCGUGAAUGGAAAGCAAGAUGCUACAGGGAAAGGUACAAUUUAAUACUUGUUGUUUUGACAAGCUUAAUUUCUUCAGCGGGACUUUACUGGUUCCAAUUUCCGCGCCUUCAUUAUCUAUGAUAUCAUGGAUAGGAAACUAGCUGACGUGACCUAAUGUUUUCAAUGGGCUGAUGGCGUGAUUGGAUGUUGAAACCUAGUUGCAAACCAAAUUCUCAAAAACGGCAUGUUUAGCAUUAAUACAGCUAAACAUUUUAGUCAAAGAGCAAAUGAAUAUAACUACGCCAUUCUACGAUGAAAUCUCUAAGUAUUACCAGUCAAUUUUAGCGAAUAUUUCAAGCACUAUAAAACAGUGAAAAAGGCAUCCCAAAUUUCGUUAAAAUUGGAGACGCCAAUUUCGUAGCUACAAAUGUAAAAAAAUACAAAACAAAGACGAAAAACAUUUACCUUGAAUACUUUGUCGUGGCUUAGGCAUGUUUUUAAAACAAUUAGACCAGUUUAUGCUUCAAUAUUACUCUUUUAAAGCGGAAAAUAUAGCGAAACAACAAAAAUGCCAUGGAGAACUUUGCAAUACGCGUGACGUCACAGAUUGCAACUAGGUUGUCUUUGCUUACGUCAGCUAGAGUCCUAUCCAUUUAUUUUAUUAUCCAUGAUGAUAUAUUGGCUGUAUGUAGCUGUAAGGCUAUAAAUAGCUUUCUAAACGAAGAUUUUUAAAUAAAUUGAUAAACAAUAAUAAGAAAAAAUUAUGUUGUAUUUUAUGUACUAUUUAAAGGAUGAGCAGCAGUGUUUUAUCAGAUAUAAAGAUAUGAGGCGAAGCCGAGUAUUUUUAGGUCGGAUAAAACACGCACUGCGAAUGUUUCAAAUUGCUUCAAAAAACGAUCGAUCUGGUAAGUUCAUUGGCAAAGUAAUUUUCAAAAAAUACGUUGUGUACGUCGAGAAAAUCAAAGUUAAAGUUUAUGUAAAUCAAGGGAAAUCUCUAUUACAUAUAAAGAUACGACACGCUUAUGAUUUUUCUUUGUGUUUUCCUCAUGAAUUAUUAAUGCAUUUUUGAAAUAUACAUGCAAGUCGUGUAUAAUAAGUAAUCGUACACAGUACUCAGAGUAUAUGUACAUUACGGUUUCGAGUUGACCUCUGUCUAGAUAUUUAUUUAUUUAUUAACUUUGCCAACAUCAUAUGUAUACAGAGACUGGUUGGUAAACCAAAACAGCUAUUGCCAAUUACCACAAUAGUACAUAAACAAUUCACAGAGUAGAGUUUUUACACACACAAUAAACAAUACUUGGAGAGUAGUCAUUAUAGAAAGUCUCGGGUAAAGACCUACCUAAAAUGCUCAUGUUUUGUGAUCGGCUUUCAGAAACAAAAAUGAUCAUUGUUCGUGACUCGUUCUUUAGAAAGACGAUUUCUAUAGUUUUAUUGUCUUUCAUUGUUAUAAUCAACCAACCACGAGCCUGUAUAGUGUAGGUAGAUGAUGACCCAAAGUCUAUAGAAACAACACGCCAAAUACUUUGAAUAAAGCCAAAACUUUGUUCGUAUUUUUCAAGGUGAUGGAGUGUUAUCGCAAGAUUGGGAAGGACGAGCAAGUAUUGGGAAUAGCGAGCGUGGAUCUCGAGGCAAAGUUGACGAGUUCUACAUGGCAGAUACCGCGCUGAACGAGAAAGAAGUGACUAGAUUGAUGGAUCAAUGUAUAUUUGAAAAAGGUAAGUUGUAAAUGUUUUCAGCUUUGCUUUCCUCAGCGACCAGCGGCCGGUUGUUCAAAGGUGGGUUAGCGCUAACCCUGGGUUAAAAUUUAACCUGUUGUUUUAGUUUGUGUAUUUCUGCACGUCUGUUUAUUUCAAAACUUCAGAUAAGUAAACUCCUAUCGAUCCAGACAAGAUCUCUGAAGAAAUAUUUCCAAAUUUAUAGACAAGCUGUCAGGAAAUUUGCUUUCAAUUUUAGGUUAACCUAAGGUUGAGCUAACCCAGCUUUGAACAACUAUCCCUUGGACUUUAAUGGUAACCCUGGGUUAAAGCCUGACUCACACGGGAGUAUCUGGUGGCUGAGAUAGUCGUCACGCAUGAGACUCUCGGGAAAUCACAAGUGUGUAUUAUUUUCUUUAGAAUGUUAUUUUCCUCUUGGAAUGGAAAGCAUGAAAAUAGACAACGCUCAAUUGACGUCGAGUUCAAUGUUUGGUCUACACAAACCAUAUUAUGGCCGUCUUAAUCUUCUCUCGUUUCACGGGGAUCCAUCUCGUAGUGCCUGGUGUGCAACUGCCGGGGAUAAAGACCCCUACCUCCAGGUAGAUUUUGGUCAAGACACGACGUUGUCGGGCGUCGCGGUUCAGGGAUUGUCCCUCUUUGAUAAUUUUGUCACAAGUUUCAGACUCUGUUACAGUAAUGAUGGAAAAGAAUUUGAAUGUGUUCAGGAGGCUGGCGGUGAAAAAGUAAGUUGGAUUCUAGGGUCGUAGCGACAGCCGGCUGUGGGGGUACCGUAUACAAGAAACUAAACUUGCCAAGUUUCAUAUUAUUCUGAAAACGUUUCAUAUUAUACGAAAUAUUUUCGUGUCGUGACAAGCGUUAAGUCGUCACGAAAAUAUUUCAUGCGCUUAAAUUGGAUAAGACUCACUACCAAUCCCCGUUGACUCGAUAGCUCAAUGGGUAGAGCGGCGGUCUAGAUACCCGAAGAUGCGAGUUCAAAUCCCGCUCGAGCCAACGAAUUUUUCGUUGCUCGAUUGCAGUGUCAGAAUAAUAUGAAACUUGUUUUUCGUAUCUCUGAGGAUGGUUCUGAAAUAAACUUGACAAGGAAAACUUCUCAAGGAAAACUUGAUCUUCUGUGAUGGUCUUUAAUUUCUUGCGUGGUUUCUUUCACAGACGUUUUUAGGCAAUGAUGACAAAGACUCUGUUCGUAUCCAGUGGUUAGAUCAGCCUGUUGACACGCGAUAUUUGAGGUUUUAUCCGCAAUCUUGGUACGGAAACCAUAUUUGUAUGAGGGCUGAAGUCUACGGCUGUAGAAGAGGUAUGGAAAUUAUAAUUACUUGAAUGAGAGUUGCAUGAGAAUCGAUAGUUUGCAUGAGAGUUUUCUCAACUUUCAUUGCUUGAUCGAACGAGAACAAGAGUUGCAUGAAAGUUGAGAAGCGAGAGUUUACAUGAGUGUUUUCUCAACUUUCGUUACUUGAUCAAACGAGAACAAGAGUUGCAUGAGAGUUGAGAAGCGAGAGUUUACAUGAGAGUUUUUUCAACUUUCAUUUUUUGAUCAAACGAGAACAAGAGUUGCAUGAGAGUUGACAAGCGAGAGUUUUUCAACUUUCAUUGCUUGAUCAGACGAGAACAAGAGUUGCAUGAGAGUUGACAAGCCAGAUUUUAAAGCGUUUUACUUGAUAACUUGUUUAAUUUGAAGGAUUUUAGUUGUUUCGUACACGUUUGAAAUAGGCCUAACGUUGAAAACUGGUGUAAUAUAUUCUCAACUGAAUUUUUCCUUCCAGGAUUAUUGGGCAAUACCAUUGAUUCCGAAGCGAAACAGCGAAGUGAGACGAACAACGACGUGAGACAACUAGUGAGCUAUGGUACAUGCAGUGUUGGCUGUGGUAAAGGCACAAAGCGACGAAAACGUCUCUGUACCAGAGGAAUCUUAUGUCCUGCAAACAGUGAUCAUCUGUUAGACAGAGUACCAUGUACAAAACCAUCCUGUCCUGGUAAGUCAAAGUGUACACGCGUUACACACGCGUGGAAGUACACGCUAGUGUAUACAUACAAAGUGUAUUUGCAAAAUCUGUCAACUAUACUUGACUGGUUUUUAACUACAGAGAAUUCUAGGGAGUCUAGAGUCUCUGAACUAGCAUUUUCUCUGUUCUGGGGAAGAUUUCAAAUGAUUACCUCGACGAUUGAAACUGAUCGUAUAACCACCUACAAUAACUGUUCAGCCAUGACAUAGUUGAAUUAACGAGAUUAUGUGAGGUAGAUUAAUAAUUGUCCAUCUGACAUAAUCUGGUUAAUUCAAGCAUAUAGCAUUGGCUAAACUAGCCAGAACAUUCAUUAAAGUCCGACUAACCUUAAAGUGCUUAUGACACGAAAUUUCAGCCCAAAGGUUUAUCGUUGCAUUGUAAAGAUCAGUUAAAAUGACUUAAUAAUUUCUUUUAUAGAAUUUUGGUAACUUGCUUCCUUUGCAAGAUAUUCAACUUUGUUUCAUAUACAAAUAUCACCGGUGUGACAUCACAUCACAUAAUGAGUUUUCAGAAAAGUAUAGUUUUCUUGACGAAUACGUAUCUAAAAAACUUAAAAAUUGCCCUUGUAAAUAACCCUAGAUAUCUUAUAUACACUAGAUAGUGCAUCUAAUUAUUCUACAAUUCAAAAAUGGAAGCCGUGAUUGCAGACUCAGGAUAUUCCCAUGAAAUGAGAAGAUUCGUAUGUUUUCUAUUUCUUAAACAGCGAACUUAAAUAUUAAGUUAAACCUAUUCCAAAUACAUUUUUAAACUAUUCAAAUGAUGAAAGUUAUUGUUGUUUUUUAAGCGUUUAUUAGCGAGUGGGAAACACCAACAUGGCCGCCAUCUAUUCAAAUGGGGGUAACCGCUGGAAUAUUCUUGGCUUCAAUUUUACUAAAAGAGAUGCGCUAUCUAGUGUAUAUAAGAUAUCUAUAUGCACCAAACCCGCGGCAUCAACUAGAUAUCAUGAAUCACCAAACUGCAACUUUAAACGAAAGUAAUAUUUGUUUUAUUCUAGUUUGUUUCGAGCCUCUGGGGGUAGCAAAUGGUUUAAUCCCUGAUGACGCGUUAACAGCAUCAAGCAGUCUGGAUGACAACAUGAGACCAUACUACGGUCGUGUUUUGAAAGCGAGUAGUGGCAAAACAGCAUCACAUGGUUGUUGGUGUGCUCGCAAAUCUGACACAGCGCAGUAUUUACAAGUUGAUUUACGUCGGAGUAUGACUGUCACAGGUAAUUUCAUUUCAUAAUAUGGCAAUUGAUAUUUUUAUUGAUGUAUAUUAUAUAUUUAUAUGUAUAUUAUGUAGUGUUUAAAACACGGGUAGGAGGAGUACUUUAUGAGAUAUGGUGGACUUCAAUGAUUUGGAUUCUGCACUGGAAUCGCAGGGCCGUAGGUUCAAUUCCUACCAGAGGACCUUGUGCUGCAUUUUUCGCAGUCGUUCCUGGUUAGGUCUUAAAAUGUAUAUAUACUCACUUGGAUUACAAACCCUUCAUGAGAUAUAAAACUCGUGACGAGAGCCGAGACUUUUAUAUCUGAUAAAACACCGAUUGCGCGUGUUUUAAAUGGCUUAAAAAACGAACCAUCGUAUGAGUUUAUUGGCGAAGUAAUUUUCAAAAUAAACGUUGUCUAAGUCGUGAAAAUCAAAGCCAUAAAGUUUACAUGAUUCCCUUUGUCUUUUAUUUAUGAAUUGUUAAUGAGUUUUUAAAUAUUUAUAUAUAUUUCUUGAUAUAUUCUGGGUGUUAGCUAGCCCAUAUACUGUCCGUUUGACGGACUCUUCCCAAUUGAAGUAGCUAAGGGGCUUUCCCAACUGGGUCUACUGGAAGACUUUCAUUUUUUCUGAUGAGAAAAUGCUUUGCAUUUGAUUUUACAGUAUAUUAUUAUAUCAAAGAACGUUUUAUUUACUUUUUCCCAUUAACUAUUUUCUCAAAAUGUAUCGCGUUUCAUUCAUAUUGGGUGUGUAUUCACUGAAAUGAAAUGUACAAAACAAAGUGUAAUCGGUGUGCAUCCGUGUUCAUUCACCGGAAAUGAAAUAUACAAAACGAAAUGCCAUCGGGUGCAUUUUUCAGUGUUCAUUCACCGGAAAUGAAAUGUACAAAACCAAGCUACCGUUGUUUGCAUCUAAGGAGAAACACGUUGGAAAAAAACACUAUCUAUUCCUACACAAGGACUUUGAUCGGUCAAAAAACUUUCCCAAUUUACGUUUAACGGACAAAACUUUGAUAUUUAAUGAUAUUGAUAUUUAAUGAUAUUGUAUCAAUAUAUUUAUUGAUACGAAAUCAUUCGAUAAAACUUUUAAAAGUAUAAUUAGAAAAUUUUCUUUCCUUUCAAAUGAGGUCUUGGAAUACAAGGUCAGGUAUUGGGUAACAAUUGGGUCACCAGCUUCAGAGUCACGUACGGUCUUGAUGGAGUAACAUGGAUACCUUACACCAGAAAAGAUUUCCCGCAAGAAAAGGUAACAUCGAAAUGAUAGACUAAUUUUGAAACUAGGCAAGGAGGUGCAAAUAAAUCACCACAGCUAGAAAGAGCAUACUAAAAUUAGUAAAAUUGCAAAGUUUGGUUGCGAAAUGUUGUAAAAUGCGGAAAAUAUAGCCUUGCAAAGUUUGCAAAUUUUGUAUACUUUUGUAUUGCGCUCGGAAAUUGCUGCCAUUUUCGGCCCAAAUGUGGUAGGAAUUUCCGCACGCAAUACAAAAGUAUACAAAAUUUGCAAACGUUGCAAGGCUAUAUUUUCCGCAUUUUACAACACUUCGCAACUAAACUUUGCAGUUUUACUUAUUUUAGUAUGCUCUUUCUAGCUGUGGUGAUUUAUUUACAUCUCCUUGCCUAGUUUCAAAAUUAGUCUAUAAUGGGAAUUGUUUAAUUAAUUAGGCUAGCUCGGUGUUUUGAGGGUGGGGUUUUUCGAUCUUACACUAUCGAGUCUUCUAAUAUUCUUGAUAUAUUUGUUGAUAAAGGAAAUCUUCCUUGGGGCAGACGACAAAGCGACUGAGGUCAUCAGGAUAUUGGAUCGACCAAUCGUGGCGAGAUUUCUCAGAAUUCAUCCGUUAUCCUGGAAUGCUCUUCAAAUAUGCUUGAGGAUUGAAAUUUAUGGCUGUAGUGUCCAAGGUAAGAUUUCACUUUUUUAUAAUUGAGUAUUUGAACAGAAUUUUGGUACAUUGCACUCUCGGUAUAAAACGUGAAUUUUUAUUUAAUAUCACGUGAUCAUGAUCAACUGUAAUGAAAUUACCGUCGCUUGCAACUAAGGAUGAACAGUCACUCAUAAAAAACAUUGCCUAUUCACGUGAGAAUUCAAUCUUUGUCAAGAACACUUGACAGGUUUUAAUCUGAUCAGCCAAUCACGUUCAACCAGCUCCAAGCUGAUUGACUGAGCGAAUUGAAACCAUCAAAUGUCGUCGCAAACAUUGAACUUUGUCGGUCUUAAAAAAACAUUGAACUUUGUCAUGAGAAUAGACAUUAUAAAAUAACAUGUAUGUAACGCGUGCUCUGAUUGGUCGAAACCCGUGUUUGGAUCAGGCCAUCCAAACACGGAAAUUUAAAGUGAAAGUUUUUUAAAGUGAAAUAUUAACACGCAAAGUUGUUAUUUUAUAAAACAAUUACUUUAUGGUUUCUGUGUUUGGAUGGCCUGAUCCAAACACUUGAGAAUGUUGCUCGAGUUAAGAAAAGCGCGCAAAAUCACUCGCCUUCGGCUCGUGUUUCGCGCGCUUUUCUUAACUCUCGCAACAUUCCCGCGUGUUUGGAUCAGGCCAUCCAAACACGGAAACCAUAAAGUAAUUGUAUAAUGUUUUAUCUGCGACCGUUCAUCCUUAGUUGCAUACUUGACGGUUUUCAAAUUGAAACAAAUGAUAAAUAUUUAGUUUGUUGUAAGAUUAUUUGCCUUAAUUUCUGGAUUUACUGUAUAAGUAGUUGCCGCUAGAUAUAUCUUUAUAAAAUAAUGUGGUCAAACUCUUGUAAUAUUCUUGCGUGGAAUUAGAUAGAUUAGUUGAACAGUUUAAAGGGAUAUGCAAUAAAAAUUAAUUUUGCCAUAUUUGAAAGAACUUUUAAAGUUAUAUAUGAAGACCCUUUACAACCUUUUUGUACCUUGCUUGAUUUUCGAAAUAUUUUGACUGCCAUCUUGGUAUUAUAAUUGACCUAAUUAACUGAGAUUUUGAUGACGUCAUAAGCAGAGUAAACCUGUUAAAACUUCUUCAUGUGGGACUAAAUUUCUUGGAAAAGAUUCUUAAAAUGUUGCGAGUUAAUUGAGUACUAAAAAGACUUCGGAAAAUCGAGGUUCGUAUUGAUAAUGACAUGUGGUUUGCAAGAUAAAAAUUUCGCUUUUUACCCUACUUGUGACGUAUGUAUAUCGAAUGUAUAUCCAAGAUGGCGGAAUGCUCGCUGCUUUUGAGCAAAACAAGUCGAUUUAUUUCGAAAACCAAGCAAGAUACGGAAUAAUUGUAAAGGAAGUUUAUAUAUUAUUUUAAAUGUUCUUUCAAAUAAGACAAACUUGAUUUAUGAUGUUUGUGAUGUUACUCUGAGUGUAUAUCCACACCGGGCGAGCUUGAAAAAAUAUGCCUGGCCACGGUGGGAAUCGAACCUACGACCUUUGGAAUACUAGCCCAAGCAGUCAGGUCAGGUUCGAUUCCCACCAUGGCCAGGCAUAUUUUUCAAGCCUGCCCGGUGUGGAUAUACACUCAGAGUAACAUCACACAAACAUCUUAUUCACCUGAGUGCAUUACACCAACACAGAAAAAAUCAACUUAAUUUAUAUUUCCAUAUCCCUUUAAACGUGCAUUCAUUAAUUUCAUUACAGAUGCGUUGAAGUCCCACGCUGGCAACAACAUCAAACCACCAGCGGCAUGUUGUAAACAACCGUUACCGCUUAAACUCUUGAACAAACUUCUCACAAAGAAAACAAACAAUUCACGCAAUGCGACACAGUUCAUCGUGGAGUUAAACAACACGAUGGCAAUACAUUAUGUCGGGGACAAAGCAACUAGCAAGAUAUCGUUAGCAAAUACGACGUUCAUUUCCGACGUCAACGCGACCAUCUCCGGAAUCCAAGAAUUAUGCCGGAAGUCGGGAAUACCCAUCACUUUUUGUAAAAUACAGAAAAUCACUCAAGCACAAUCCCAGACGUUUGGAAAUAUUUCUGGAAUUCCGACAACCCCCAAUGGCUCGAAUACCAAACAGAUUGCAAAGUUGUCGGGAUUCACUGAAAUUGUUCUUCCAAAAAAUUUGUCGACUCUGAACCCUUCGUUAUCUGAUGUAUCUGUGGGAAGCGACAAAAUUUCCAGCGAUCAAGGUAUCAUGCACUAA